UUGUGUGUUUAGUAACAACUGGACCAGGAAAACGUUCAAUUGCACAUCCUACGUCGGGAAAAACUCAUAUAGGAAUAAUGCAAGAAAAUCUCAUCAGCACGAGUCAGAUUUUGCGUAUAAAACGGUGUCUGGGCAAGCUUUUAUUAGUUUAUCUUGAAAGUUACAAGGAUGGGGCUGCUACGAAUUACUUCGGUUGUGAUCCUGGUGUUACAUGUUUUUGGAGCGCACGGAGAUCUCCCGUUAUUGCCUGGGAAUAGACUGAGGACAGGGGACGCGGUAGAAUACCCCGGCGCAACACUCAUCGACUGCGUAAAGGGGAAUAUGAUUUUGUCUGACUUCCAUAGAUCGCACACUUACACACCAACUCAAGCACUGGUGAACACAAAUAACUUCGAUCUCUACCCGUUUACAUCCCACGCCGUCAUUCCCGGGACCCUAGUCGAUGGUGGCAUAGGGAGGUUCUCGUUUGUCAAACUGACACAUGGCAUAUUGCACAAACGGACGGCAUUCGCGCUGCAGACAUCAGCAGAUGGUGAAUACGCGUACUGGAUGCCGCAGGGAGGGUACGUGGAUGUGCCGCAACACCCCAGCGCCAACCAGCCGCACUUCGUCUUUACACCAGACUACAGUGGCUGCGCAUGGACCGUGACACCGAUGGCCAACGGCAUGCUGCGACUAAAGCAUGUGGAAGGCGGGCACGAAGACAGGCAGUUUAACAACCUCCCCCCAUUUCAGAAGGGGGGAGACGUCUCCUACGGCAUGCAGUUCCGCGACUACGGUUACGUGCACAGGAAUGGGCGGCUGAUCAAGCAUGCCACGGCGUAUGCUUACAUGCACUACUCGGAUGUCACUAGGAGAUGGACAUUGUACGUGCAACACCAAACAUGCGCGCCGCGGCCUGGCAACACCGCGUACGACCACGGGCAAAUCGCCACCAUGAAGAUGAACUACUUUCACCAGAAUACCUGGAACCCUAUUACUGGCACGGAGUUCUGGGUUAUACCGUCUAGUCGGUCGGUGGGUUAAAAUUGAUCCGCUCUCAUUGACAUAUAGAAACCAAAGUUGUUACUUUCAUUUUUUUUAUUGAAAUUGGUUUUGCCCAGUAUUGUUAUGGUAACAUUUUAUUUGAAUUUGGAUCGAUUUGGCAUAAAGAGUGUCGAGUUAUGA